AUGCAAGUGGUCGACAAUUGGCCCACAGGCAUCAUCGUCGACCGUCUAAAGGCCACGGAUAUGGACUCUGGGAAAAACGCUCGGGUCGUCUACUCGUUAGCGUCUGGAAAUUCAAAAUACUUCUCCAUCGACCCUCUGACAGGAGAACUGACAGUCUCAGGAGAGCUAGCUGGAGCAGCCCGAGAGCAACCCUACGAGCUUGUAGUUCUUGCCGAGGACGCCGGAAGUCCCAGUCUAAGCUCAUCUGUGCGAAUAAAGCUGAAAGUGAGCGAACCACUUUUGGAGAAAGAAGGCGAGAAAGGACAAGUUAUCUUCUUGAAUCCACCGGUGGAAUUCGUCCUAAAACUCAAAGAGGAUAUCCCAGUAAACGAGCACGUCUACAUUGUAAAAGCUCGCCUGGCAGGAAUUGGCUCGGAGAGAAUGAACAUCAAGUAUUCGUUGAGGGACUCGAUGCAUUCAUUGCCCUCUCAGCAGCACUUCGACAUCGACGAGUCCUCGGGAGAAGUUUACGUGACCAAAGCGCUGGACUAUGAGGACACCAAAUUUUACACAAUGUCUUGUGAAAAUGAGCCAAGAAGUGCUUUCCGCAACGUCGAAAUUCGCUGUACAAUAAACCAAUACAAUUGA